AUGUGUUACCUUAGCAUAUUUCAAGACAACGCAGGACAACAAGCCCCUUCAAGGCCUUCGGUUGAGCAUGUUCAACCUAGUGCCGGUGACAAUGGGGCCACUAUAAACUGUCAGGUUUGCAACCAUGUCAUAUCAUUUGAAAACCGCGAGAAGCAAAUGGUCGUUAAGUGCCCUGCAUGUUCGGAAGCAACGCCUAUCAAAGGUCCUCCACUUGGCAAACAAUAUGUUCGCUGUCCGUGCAACUGUCUGCUUAUAUGCAGCACCACUACAACUCGAGUCGGGUGUCCUCGCGCGAAUUGCCAAAAGGUUAUCGUUCUGGUUGAUAAUGAAAACGCAGCACCGCGAAGCGACGGUUUACCCGGUUCUCGUGGAAUUCUUGGUCCAUACAGCCCAGGUGGUACAUUUGGGGCUCCUCAAAGCCUUAGGGUUGUUUGUGGUAAUUGCAACUCCCCAUUUUCCGUCGCCAGCAAUCCGGCUCAAGCGAGCAGCCAACACAGUAGGCUGAUUUCAUGUUUGUCUGGGGGCACUUCUGCGCGAUCCAGCGGCCUUAUUGCAGCUAGAUGUCCGCAUUGUCGCAAAGUCACUUCGGUUGGCCCUGCUUAUGCUCGUGUUCGACAAGUGGUCUACGGUAUACUCACACUGGUUGCUUUGAUUAUCGCCAUUGGUGUAACUGUUGGAACAGUGGACGCUGCUCGACAAAACAAGGCGUUGUAUUUUUUAUGGUCUGUUCUUUACCUUCUGGUGGUAGUGCUUGGACUUCGCACAUUCGUGUUUCUGCGAAUGCCGUCCCCUCCCAAUUGUGAUCUGCUUUUUGUGACCACUGCCUCCACAUGUCGAUUUUCUCUCCAGCCCUGCCCUGUAUAG